UCAAAAAUUACCCAAAAAUAUUAAGAAAUUAAAAAAAAAAAAAGAAGAACAGAAAGAUCUCUCUCUCACCCAAGAAAGUACAAAAAAUGGAAAUGGAGGCAAGCCCAUCAGUUGUAGCAAAAAAGUUAUGGAACAUUGUACGGAUAGUUUUCUUCAUGUUAAAGACAGGGAUAUCGAAGAGCAAAAUAAUGGUUGAUCUCCAUUUUAUGAUCAAGAAGGGUAAAUAUAAUGCAGGCAAAGCAAUAAACAACCUUGUUUUCAACCACAAAAUCCAUGACCAUUUAUCUUCCUUGAGUUGCCGAUCCAACGAUGCUCAUCUCUCCUUCAUUUCCCCAAGAGAGUACGAGUUUAGCUGCAGCAACAGCCCAGCUUUCUACCCCUUUUACGCUGCUCACAAGCGUAAGCACCAUAAUCACCAUUUCUACAACAGCCGCCACCAUUUUAGCAAGUCAUCUAAUUGUCGGUAUGAUGAUGUGACGACGGUCGCGGCGCUGCAAAAGGUUCUGGAGAUGUUGAACAAUGAGGCGGCGGUGGAGGCGUCUCCCAUGGUUUUGCCAGGGUUUGGAAAGAGUCCUAUGGUGAGGCAACUGAGAGUGACGGACUCGCCUUUCCCGUUGAAGGACGAGGGAGAUAGCCAGGUCGAUAAAGCGGCUGAGGAGUUCAUAGAUAAGUUUUACAAGGACCUUAAGUUACAGAAAAGAGUGUCUGCCUUUGAGUCUCCUGCUCGUAACACAUGGCGUAGAUCAUGACUUCGUUUUCGACAACUCUUGUUUGUACAAUUUCCAUGCUAUCUCUUGGAAGAUUAUCACAACUUCACAGGAAAAACCAAGCGAAACCAAGUCACAUUAUUUGCAAUAUUAUAACCAUAAAAUUUCAAUUUUCAUUUCGUGUGAGAAUUUUUUUUAUCUGAGAUUCUGACAAAGUUUGGUUACUUGGGUUUUGCAGUAUAAUUUACAUUUUGUAAUUUGAUGACUAAGAAAUAUUUUUAGAUAUUAAUAUUCGUAAGUUUUUCUGGGUUUUAGUGCUUAUCUUUUUCUUUUUCAUUUACCAAUGUCAAUAAUCUUUAUCAUACAGAAAUAAAAGAAGAAAAAAAAUUAUAUUUAUGUAUAUAUAUGUAAUUGUAGUUUCUGUUCCAUUAAAAAUUCAAUAUUCCAACUGUAGUAAGUUACAAGGUAUAAUAAAAGUAAAGCAGACAUAAUAUAAAUAUGUUGGAGCAUUCAUGUAAGUAGAGAAUUUUAAUGAAUUACUUUUGAGGGUUGAGGAGUUGGAGAGCUUUGGAUUUAUUAGCUCUUAGGGCUUUUUAUUAAAAGCUUUUUUUUAUCUGUUGUGUUGCUGUUUUAAUUUUGACUGUGAUAUUUGUGGUUGUGAUUAAUUUACAUAGGAC